UAAGCCCUUUAGUUUGUCCUUUACUAUUUUUUUUUAACUUUUUAGUUAGUUUGCCCUUUAAUCAACCAGUCAAGCAAACGUUGUGUCUCCACUGUGUGCCAGGGUCUGUGCAGACAUACAGAACAUCCCCAAGGAGGGAAGGUGAAGCUGUGUCUUUGUCUGAGACUGAGUGGACAUGAAGGGUCACCUGCUCCUGCCCCUCCUCCUGCUGGGGACAGUUUCUGCUCUGUAUUUGGAGAAUGAUACCCUUCAUCUGGGCAGCCAAGAGACACGAGCAGACGUGAGCCAGGAUCUGGAAAGCUCUGGGGAACAGGAGGGAGAGUUGGCUCUGAAAGAUGUGGUGCUUGAGUCAGAAGGAGAGGGAGAAGAGGCCAACAAUUCCAGCUGUCAAGACACCUUUGAGGAUGAGGAGGCCAUGGAGUCAGACCCAGGAGCCCUAGACGAGGAUUUGCAGUGCCCCAGAGAAGAGGACACAGUUCAAAUUCCGCGCAGUCCUGGGUGCCAGACCUGCCGCCGUUUCCUGUUGGUGCGGACCCUGAGGAAGUUUAGGAGUGCUCAGAAUGUCUGCAGGAGGUGCUACCGAGGCAACCUCGUCUCCGUCCACAACCUCAGCUUCAACCUUCGCAUCCAGCAGUCUGCCUGCGGGAUCAACCAAGCACAGAUCUGGAUCGGAGGCUUCAUCAGGGGCUGGUUCUUGUGCAGGAGAUUUCGCUGGACUGAUGGGAGUCGCUGGGAUUUUGGAUACUGGGCCUCUGGGCAGCCUGGGAAAGGGAGAGGCCGCUGUGUGGCCCUGUGCACCAAAGGGGGUCACUGGCGACUAGCUCGAUGCAAACGUCGUCUGCCCUUUGUCUGCGCCUUCUAAGCCAGAAACAUGUAGACCCUGCCGUGGAGCCUCUCCCAUCACACCCUCCUGGCUGCCCCUGUCCCACCCUUGGCACUCUUGUUUCCCAGCCUCUCCAGGUCAUAAAGCCAGA